CCAGGCUCCGGGAAGUGAUGGCUGGGGGAGGGGGGAGGGGUAGUGAGGGCGGCUUGGGGACCGACUGUGGGAUCCACGCCCAAGGUUAAGGGCGGCAGGGCUAGCUAGUCAGUAGUGACCCCAGUGCUUCUCUAACGUUUCUUAGCUUCCAAAGCCCAACAUAUAAAGCUGAUGAAAGCAGAGCAGAUCUGGUCAGACCCUGAGACACUGAGUCCAGAACAAUGUUGCUGAAGACAGUCGUCCCCCUAAUACCCCCUGCAGUGCUCUUGCUGGCCCUGGUGGCCCCGGUGCUUGUGCUGGAGAAUGGGCUCCUUCGGAAGCCGCCCAUGGGCUGGCUGGCCUGGGAACGCUUCCGCUGCAACAUUGACUGUGAUGAGGACCCGAAGAACUGCAUCAGUGAGCGGCUCUUCAUGGAGAUGGCUGACCGGCUGGCACAGGAUGGAUGGCGGGACCUGGGCUACAUAUACCUUAACAUCGAUGACUGCUGGAUUGGCGGGCGUGAUGCCAAAGGCCACCUGCUGCCUGAUCCCAAGCGCUUCCCCAAUGGCAUUGCCUUCCUGGCUGACUAUGCUCACUCCCUGGGCCUGAAGCUGGGCAUCUACGAGGACUUGGGAAAUUUCACCUGCAUGGGUUACCCAGGCACCACGCUAGACAAGGUGGUCCAGGAUGCUGAAACGUUCGCCAAGUGGAAGGUGGACAUGCUGAAGCUGGAUGGCUGCUUCUCAACCCCCGAAGAACGGGCCAAGGGGUACCCCAAGAUGGCUGCUGCCCUGAAUGCCACAGGCCGGCCCAUUGCCUUCUCCUGCAGCUGGCCAGCCUAUGAAGGGGGCCUCCCCCCCAAGGUGAACUACAGUAUGCUGGCAGACAUCUGCAAUCUCUGGCGCAACUAUGACGACAUCCAGGACUCCUGGAGGAGUGUGCUCUCCAUCCUGGACUGGUUUGUGGACCACCAGGACAUCCUGCAGCCAGUGGCGGGCCCUGGGCACUGGAACGACCCAGACAUGCUACUCAUUGGGAACUAUGGCCUCAGCUUUGAGCAAGCCCAGGCUCAGAUGGCCCUUUGGACAGUGCUGGCAGCCCCCCUCUUCAUGUCCACGGACCUGCGUACCAUCUCUGCCCAGAACAUGGACAUUCUGCAGAAUCCACUCAUGAUAAAAAUCAACCAGGAUCCCUUAGGCAUCCAGGGAUGCAGGAUUCUCAAGGAGAAAUCCCACAUCGAAGUGUUCAUGCGGCCUCUGGCCAAUAAGGCCAGUGCCUUAGUCUUCUUCAGCCGCAGGAUGGAUAUGCCAUAUCGCUACCAUUCUUCCCUCGCCCAGCUCAACUUCACCAGCUCCAACAUGUACGAGGCCCAGAACGUCUACACGGGUGAUAUCAUCAGUGGCCUCCGGGCUGAAACCAACUUCACAGUGGUCAUCAACCCUUCGGGGGUGGUGAUGUGGUACCUGUAUCCUGUGAGGAAGCUGGAGACACCCCAGCAAUGAGGAGCCAGGAUAUGUGAGAGGCUGUGGUGGCAUCACUGAGCCAAGACCGUGGAGCCUUGGCAUGCUGAGGGCCAGUAGGUGGGGUUUUCUGCUACACAGGCCCACUCGUCGACCUGACCUCCUUAGACCCAAAGUGCAAUCUCAGGACCAGGUUCCACGCCCUGCCCAAGUGUGAACCCUCUUGGAAACUUGUCUUGGGGCAAUUUCCUGUGGCCUUCCUGGCCUCUACCUCCACUGCACAGCUCCACAGAUGUUGCUAAACAACUCAGCCAGCUUCCUGAACACCGACAGGCAGGGGCACUGAUACCCAUCAGGACUCCAGCCUCUGACCUUCUUUUUGUUGACUCUGAAAUCAGGAUUUGGAAUUUUUCUUAUAAUUAGGAGUGGAGAUCUCACCUCUUGUCAGGAACUUCCAUGAAUCGUGUGAUUGGCUUUCCUGCCUGGAGAAGGCCUUGAAGGCUAACACCACCUGAGAGUGAUCUUGGCUCCCUCAGGUCACCAAUAAAGCUGUUCUUUAGUCAA